AUGGGACGCGUUGGUCCAAACUUAAAUUCGAAACCACAAAAAUGGGUGUGGGAUCUUCUCGUUGUUCGAGUGAGCAGCCACCCACCCUUUGGCGAAGAGAUGGAGACACAAUCUUGUGAUGGUAAGCCCCAGGUGAAGGCCACAUUUCGUCUUGGCUCAGAAUCAUACACUGUUGAGGCAAAAAAAGGUUCUUUAUCAGAGCAAUUGGUUUCACUGAAAGAGGAAAGCAUGACCAUAUUGAAGGAUUUCAUAACAAAGCAUAAUGUUCCUCAUGAUGUACCAGAUGAGUCAUUAGAAGCUUUUUCUUCAGAGGAUGAUGAUGUUGAAGUUGAUGAUAUUCCUGAGAAGCCUCAAGAAAAGUCUAAGAAAACUAAGUUGACUUAG